CUCUGUCUCUCCAUAUCUGUGUGUAUGUUGUGCGGGCUCGGACCUGUGCGGUUGCCCGUGACGUCAUUAGAUGGUCGGCGUCGCGGGCUACGUGGACCUGCUGUCGCGAUGCGGCGAAGCGCGGGCGAUUGUGCGGAUCCAGGCGGCGCUGGUCACCUCCGGGCAUCUCCGGCGGAGUGUAGAGCUCCACGACGCGCUCAUCCGGGCGCUCUCCCGCUCCGCGCGCCCGCACCUCGCGCUCCCGCUCUACGCCCACCUCCUCCGCGCCGGGCUCCUUCCCACCCCGCACACCCUCCCUUCCCUCCUCAAGUCAAUGGCGCUGUCCCCGGCAGCCCCGGGCGUGGCGGUGCUGGCACUCACCGUGCACGCCCACGCCGUCAAGCUCGGCCUGGAGCGGUUCGUCCUCGUCAGCAACGCGCUUAUCCGCGUCCACGCGGGCUUCCUCGGCCGCCUCGCCGACGGGCUCCUGCUCCUGCGGACGGCCGCUGCAGUGGACGCCUCCACGUUCAACACCCUCAUCACCGCCUACGCGAGGGCGGGCCGGGUCGCCGACGCCCGGGCACUGUUCGACGAAAUGCCUGUGAGGAAUGCUGUGUCUUGGAGCGCCAUGGUGAAUGGGUAUGUCCAGGCCGGUGAUGCGAGGGAAGCACUGCAGAUAUUCGCGCAGAUGCAGGCUGAGGAUGUCCGCCCGGAUGACACAGUGCUCGUGGGGGUGCUCGCUGCUUGCGCGCAGCAUGGGGCACUGGAGCAGGGGAAGUGGGUGCAUGGUUACCUGAAGGCUCAUGGCAUUAGGAUCACUGUAUUUUUUGGCACUGCUCUGGUUGAUAUGUAUUCCAAGUGUGGUGAGGUGCAGCUUGCAAUGGAGGUGUUUGAAAGAAUGGAGGACAAGAAUGUGCUGGCUUGGACUACUAUGAUAAAAAGCCUAGCAAUGCAUGGACGAGGAUCAGAGGCAUUAAUGCUCUUCACUCAGAUGGUGAGCUCAGGUAUCAGGCCGGAUGACAUUGCCUUCAUUGGUGUGUUGUGUGCUUGCACACAUGCAGGGUUGGUUGACAAGGGCCGAGAGCUUUUCGAUUCCAUGGUGAGAAAGUAUGGCAUUAAACCAAAGAUUGAGCACUACGGAUGCAUGGUAGACCUCCUGGCACGAAAUGGCUUUCUUGAUGAGGCCAAAGAGAUGAUUCAGAAAAUGCCCAUGAAACCUGAUGCCUUGAUCUGGGGAGCUCUGAUGGCUGGUUGUAGAUUUCACAAGAAUGUGGAGUUGGCUGAGUAUGUUGUCCGGCAUUGGAUCUUGUUGGAACCUGACAAAAGUGGUGCUUAUGUACUUCUAGCUAACAUUUAUGCUGCAUCAGGUAGGCAUGCUUCCGCUAGGGAAAUUAGGCACCUAAUGCGUGAGAAGGGAGUUGACAAGACACCUGGUUGUAGCACCGUGGAGAUUAAAGGAGUUACUCAUCAAUUCAUUGUUGGAGAUCUCUCACAUCCUCGCAUAAAAGAUAUUUUGUUAAAAUGGCAUGAGAUUGAUACUAGGAUUAGAUUGGAGGAGGGUUACAUCCCAGACAAGAAGGAAGUUUUGCUUGACAUUGAAGAAGAAGAGAAGGAGGGUGCUCUUAGCCGGCAUAGUGAGAAGCUGGCAAUUGCAUUUGCUUUGAUUAGUAUGAGUGACAAUAUGCCUAUUCGGAUAUUCAAGAACCUCAGAGUUUGCCAUGAUUGCCAUCAUGUCACCAAACUAAUAUCCAAAGUAUAUGGGAGAGAAAUUAUUGUUAGAGAUAGAACACGCUUCCAUUUGUUCAAAGAUGGCAGUUGUUCUUGCAAGGACUAUUGGUAGCAGUUAACACUUUCUGCAAUCAAAUUGUACCUAAUUCACGAGUAUCGUCUUGAUGAAUACAUCAGGGAUUCCCAAGCAGAGGGAAUCAAGUUGUUUAAAGGGCAGGUUCCUCGCAGACAUCUGCACCUAUAUAAAUAUGCUGCUGCCAAUUCAAAAUCUAUGGAUACAGUUGUGCUUUUGUGAUAAUCUGUAACAUACAGUAUUUAAUCUGAAUUGGCAUCAUGCUAUAUUCAGUUGAGAGAACUAAAGAUAUUUUCUUUUUUAUAA